AUGAUCAAUUUCAGCCCAGGAUUCCCAUCCCUUUUGAAUUCAAGCAAUGAAUUUUAUACAUUGGAUCCUGACAAUAAGUCUUAUCCAGGUUAUGGCUAUACAUUUUAUCCGGCAUUCAAUAAUGCAAUGGCAUUUGGUAACAUUUCACAUUAUGAUACAGGAUAUAUCUAUUCAUCUUUUGAAAUAUGUGUAAUUGUUCUGACUAUUGUUUUCUGCUUUUUUGGACUUAUGGGGAAUGGAACAAUCAUCUGGCUUCUCACUUUCUGCAUUCAAAGGAAUCCUUUCACCACUUUCAUCCUAAAUUUGGCUGUUGUUGAUUUCGGAGUCCUUCUGUUCAUACCUCUCAUUAUUAUUUUAUAUCUUUGUAACCUAUAUAAGAUUUUCUAUCCUUAUUUUUAUUUGGAAGAUCUCUUUAUGUACAUGUACAUCCCUGGCCAAUUUUUGCUGACAGCCAUCAGUAUGGACAGGUGUGUGUCUGUCCACUUCCCACUUUGGCAUCGAUGCCACCGGCCAAAACAUUUAAGUACCAUUGUGUGUGCUGUAAUAUGGGUCAUCUCUUUCCUUCUUUGUUUAAUUCCAUCCACUCUCAAUCUAAUUGAUGCAACUCGAUACUAUACUGCAAUGGCCUGCCUAUCUGUUUCAAUUGCCCUACUUUGCCUCCCACUCAUGACUAUCUCCACUCUGUUCUUGUUUAUGAAAGUCUGCUUGAAACCGACGCAGCACCAACGUGGAAACAUUUUAACUGCCAUCUUACUUACUCUCCUCUUCUACAUCAUUCUUGCAUUUCCAUUUAAUAUAUUCUUUUCUAUCAUUUAUUUUUCAGGGUAUUUCCCCUUUUCUCUAUCUAUAUAUGGGUUUUUAUGUGCCUCCUUAAACAGCAGUGUCAAUCCACUGAUUUAUUUCCUAGUUGGAAGACAAAAGAAGGGGCAAUAUAGGGAGACUUUGAAAGUUAUACUGCACAAGGUUUUCAAUGAAGAGCAAGAGCCCCCAGUUCAAAUCCCAUUAUGA